GGGGAGAAGAGCAAAGGGGAUAGAGAAAGCAAGGAUCCCAUGACGCCCACAGCUCCACAAUGACAUCACCGGCUCUAAAAAGAAGCGGAAGAGGGAGAUGGGAGGCACCCCACUUAUUAGAUUUCGUCGUAAGGUCCUGCACGCAAGUAAAGAUGCUGCUGCGUCUCUGCGAGGAAGCCUGUGAUGUGCGCCGGGCGGAGCGGCCGGAUCUUGGCACCCUGGUGAACUUCUGAGGAGGGCAGAAGCGACCGAGGCGCCGAGAGACAACUCCUGAGACGCACAGGCUGGCGGCUGCUCUGCGGGGACAGUUUCACUACUGUGGAGACGACGCGCUCUGACUGCAUAUCUGGCUCCGUGCGCAAGAACUGGAGAGCUUUCGGUUAACUUUGAGCUUUCUCUUGUGCCAUUGGCUGGAAACGCAGGCACCAGCGCAGGCUAUAUCCUCCGCAGGGAAACACCAGUAUCUUUUUUUUUUUUUUGGGUGAAUCAUUGUAAAUAUUGCAUUCUAUUGACUUUAUUUCACUUUGUGAGAGCCAUUCUGUGAUCGCUGUUCACAUGAGACGGUCAGGUAUACGCGCGUCUCCAAACGAGGACGCACGGAGAUGUGCCGAGAAGUGUCGAGAUUGUUCAUUCUAAUCCAAUCUCUUACAUUCACUGUCGCAUCUCCGUAAACGACCCAAAAUUUGAUUAUUGUAAAUUAAAUCUUCCCAUCUCCAAGACACUAAUUAAUCCAGUGACCAAAAUGGAUCAAUUCUCGUGCAUUAAGGAAGUUUUAACUCUUCGGGCUGUGUUCUGACUCCGCAAAGGUUGAUGCACAGCAGUGCAAUUACCUGUUAUUUUGGGGGGGUUGGGGGGAAUCUGUUUUACAAAGUGGCAAGGCAUUUUAAUUGAAAGGCACUGAUCCGUGUCUUGACACACUGCCCAGAACUGUUUGUAUGAUUAAAACGGACUUGGAAGACCUGCCGGGGAGGAUGCAAGGGAGCUAACAUUUGGAAACAACAGAGACAGAACGAGAACAACUGAGACUUCUGGAAAGCUGAUCCCAGCAUGGCCUCGGUUCUGGACAGCGGCUGCUCCAUGGAGCUGAGCGGCUGGAACAGCAGUGCGAGCAGCUCCGGAGCCUCCGUGCCCUGCAACCAGAGCGUCCUUAAGCUCGCCCCUUACUCCCCCGAAGCCACGGCGGCCUUCGCCACCGCCAUAACCUUGAUGGUCCUCUUCACCAUCGUGGGGAACAUCAUGGUCAUCAUCGCCGUCCUCACCAGCCGGUCGCUCCGGGGCCCUCAGAACCUGUUCCUGGUGUCACUGGCCGCUGCAGACAUUUUGGUGGCCACGCUCAUCAUCCCCUUUUCCCUGGCUAACGAACUUCUUGGCUACUGGUACUUUAAGUCCCUGUGGUGUGAGAUCUACUUGGCGCUGGAUGUGCUGUUCUGCACCUCCUCCAUCGUGCACCUGUGCGCCAUCUCGUUGGACCGCUACUUGUCGAUUUCCAGAGUAACUUACGGGCGCCAGCGGACUCCCAGACGCAUCAAAGCCGCUAUUGUGGUGGUGUGGCUCAUCUCUGCCAUCAUCUCCUUCCCUCCCCUGCUCUCGUUGAACAAGAGCGAGGCGGGGGACCAGGGGAGCGAGAGAGGACCACAGUGCCAGCUGAAUGACGAACGCUGGUACAUCCUCUACUCCACCGUCGGCUCCUUCUUCGCCCCGUGCCUCAUCAUGAUUCUGGUCUACAUAAGAAUCUACCAAAUAGCCAAACAGAGGACACGUUGCCCGCCAGGAGAGCCCAGGAAGGACGGGGUCGGCUGUGCCACACCAAGUCAGCCUCCAAGGCAUGUGCAGGCCAAUGGGAAGGAUGACGAAGAAAGCACACCCCCUUCAUCCAACAAAACCUCCAACGCCAGACCCCCCACCCUCGCCAUCACCCCUUCUCCAUCCCCAGGAGAGUCUCAAACCUCCCAGAAUCCCACAUCCAAUAACCUCCUGCAACCUCCGUCCCCUUCUCCAGCCAUGACCCCCGUCACGGCCCCCCUCGAUACCUCUUCCCACGGCCCCUCAUCCCCAUCCUCCGUGCCUCAGUCCGCCCCCGCCAAGACUAAAGAGGAGAGGAAGAAGGGCAAGCGGCAGGGAGGGAAAAAGGCUGACAAUAACAACGGCGACAGCUCGAGCACGGAGAGCGAUAUAGAGCACAGCCACGGAGGAGGCCGGGGCAGCAGCAGCAUGCCGGGGUCACCCGCGGGAGGGGGGAUCCACUCCCCGGCUUCGGUCAAGCGCUACCGGGACAUGAUCGCCACUUCAAAGGGGGCUCGGCUGGUGCCAGGGAGGAAGUCGAAAACAGACAACAACCCCGGAGCGGCGAGGCGCAAAGCGAUGGUCAACAGAGAGAAACGUUUCACCUUCGUCCUGGCGGUGGUCAUCGGCGUCUUCGUGGUGUGCUGGUUCCCGUUUUUCUUCUCCUACUCUCUGCAGGCGGUGUGCCCAGAGACCUGCGCCAUCCCCGAUCCACUCUUUAAGUUUUUCUUCUGGAUCGGUUACUGCAACUCAUCACUCAACCCAGUCAUAUACACCAUCUUCAACAAAGACUUCAGAAAGGCCUUCAAAAAGAUACUGUGCAGUGGCACCAAAGGCACUUUCUUUUAGCAUACAUACCCACUGUAUAGGACAUGGACACACAAAAAAUGCUACAUCUGAGGCAUAGAAUAAAAAAAAAACAACAACAAUCAUUUCCAUUUUUCAGAACACUGAAAGGGCUCUUUUAAAAAUAAAGUUGAACUGUGGAAAUUCCAGCAUAAAAUCCAUAACUGAGAGCCACCCUUUUACAGCUACAGUGUGCGCAAACAGGCAACUUGGACUGUGAAAUCCCAGCCCACAGCUGAUGCACACAUCAAUCUUUACAGGGUGUGGGUGAAAACAGGACAUGGAAUAGAGGCAGAGCUAGACUGCAUUAAACUGCUUAACACUUCAGUGUUGCUGAUAAGAUUUCAAAUGCAACGUUUUAUCCUCAGAUCACUCUGAUCAAUGGAUAAUACUUGGAGAGAGAGAGAGAGAACGGUGCAGCAUCAUAGAAGAAAUGCACACACACUCUCUAAAACUGACGGGAGGUCUUGAAGGCAGGAAAGCUGUUGAGAAUUAACUUCUGAAUAAGAAUACAGAUUGUUAAAUGUAUGAUAUAUAAGGUUUUUGUGGUUAUUAAGGAGGCCAGGUCUACUGGAGAAGGAAAACUGGUUAAAAGAAGGAAAAGUGACCUUAGAUUCCUGUGAGCCUAGGGCCCUUUAUUUAUCAAUACAGAGCACAAGGAGCACACAAGGUUAGUGCUGAUUUCUUACAUCUGCAGUCUUAAUUUGCCCAGCUGCGGGGCAAACAUGUGUUCCUCGAUUUUUAUCUAAAAGCGCAACAACAAGCAAAGGUUUAUGACGAUCUCAAAUCUAACAGCACAGACAAGGGCACCCUUUCAAACUGAACUUUUAUGUAGAAAGCCUUCAUUUCAGACACCUUGCUCUCAGCUUGGCAUGGGCCACAAUGGACACUCAGGUUGUUUGUAACGACACUCUCGGCUUUCACCAGUCAUGAAAUAUAGCUGAAUAUAAGCUGAAGUGUGUUGGAUUUUGGGCUUAGAAGAAGAAAACGUAUGUUACUGAGGUAAAGUGAGACAGUGUGACCCCCCCAACCCAACCCCACCCCCUCCCUUCUUCCUCUUAGCUUGCUGAUUCCCUGCUUUUUAAUUCAACCUGGACUAUCCCAAUAAUGGACUGGCCUCCCCUCUAACAAACUGCCUCAGUAUUUGGACAGCUGAGUAACAUUCAUGUCUCAGAGUUUAUCCACAGUAUCUAAUGGGAGGUGCAUCUGCUGAAGACUGAAAAAAAAAACAUUAGAUUCUUAUUUAACAUGUGAACAAUCCUGCUUCCUGAUGAGCAGCAGUAUUUACCAGGUAGAUAUUUACAUUGACCGUAAAGGACAGACAAACAAUGCAAUUAUGGAUCUAUAAUGUUACCCCCAAUUACGCCUACAUGGGUUACUCUGAGAGUCAUACGGCUGAGUCACUCUUUUACCAAUGCCUCUGGCACGUCAUCGCCUGCAGUGGACCUCUACAUGGCACAUUUGGUUUGCUGCUGAGAGGCGAGGGGAUGAAUGGCGCAUUUAUUUUUCUCACCAAGAGACUGAGGCUCUGUCAAUUUUCUCGACACACAUAAAAAAAAGAGAAAAAAAGAAGAAAAUGUGUCUGUAACUGUGAACAGCACACAGGCUUAUUGACUCAAUGGGACAAGGGCUGUCAGCAACAACACUUCAAUUUACUAAUUGUCUAAUUCUGCUGACCUGUGUGAGUGUGUGCGUGCAGGUGUGUGCGCCUAUGUGUGUGAGUGCGUGCGUGUGCGCAUGCGUAUGUGUGUGUGUGUGAGUGUGUGUUGACUUAAAUGUUUUUCUGUAGAAAGUGUCAGUGCCUCCUCUGGCUGCUAUGUACUACAGAUCUACUGUAAUGUUGAUAAGAACACAGACCAGAUUUCCUGGUGCAGGCAUCACAUUGCUAUCUGUCAUGUAAAUUUUUCACUUAAUGGAGAGAUCAGUAGUAUAUCACCACGUUGAGAAAGUCUUACUGAGCUGAAAGUCAGUGUUUAUCAGUGAUAUUAAGUACAUGGCUUUUUAGUGAUCACCCUCAAGGGACCAAAGGGCCUUAUUAAAGGACACCAGCCUGACUCUGUGAUAUCUGGCUCUGUUGUUGCUUUAAUGAAGUAUUACUUUAUAUUUGGUGUAUGUGAUGGGAGGCAAGGUUUGAAAAUACUGUAUUAUUUAUUUCAAACUAUUUUGUGUUUUUCUGUCUGUUACCUAUUUAUUGUUCAGUUAUUGUGCUUUUAUUCUGAAAGUCAAGCAAAGUGGAGAGCUGGUCAGAGGUCAUCUCAACAAGAGCGGAAUUGAUUCACGCUGUCGAGCUCUUGCUUUGUGAGACUGCGCUAUAUUUGAGCUCGGGUGACGUGUUUGUGUUGAACCGAAGGGACGUGAACUUUGAGUUAUGUGCAUCAUGCAGAACCUACAAUGCAACAUUUGUCAUCAUUGUUUUCAUCGAGUUAUGGUACAGUAAAAUGUUCAGUCAGAGAUACAAAGCACAUUCAUGGAUGUACAAUUUAUCAAGCAUGCUGUGGCAGGACAACCUCUCCUCACCAGUGCUACUGUUGUCAAACAUUUCCUGGAAAAGUGAAUCGAACAUGAGCGUGUCAGUAGCACCCAUAGCCAGUUUCAUUUGGAUGGUUUGAAGGCGUUGUUCAGGACAUUAAGGCUAUAAUCCAUACCACACAGAGCUGCUGCUUGGAGAUUUAAAAAAAAAUGAUUUUAAAAAAAUGGUAGAGAGGAAGAGCUCUGUGCACUUGUACAACUGUUCACUUCCCUCAUCUGAAAUGGUUAUUUUCUCUCCAGAAAUACAAACAGCUAUAGCAACGCAAUUAUGACAAAAAUAGCCACAGAGGUCAUGGAUUCAUGGCUGUUUCCAAUAAAUAUGAGUUGUAAUGCUGCUCAAAUUCCCCUCGACCCCCAAAAACCAUGGCUUUAUGUGGUGAGAAUGCUGCUUUGUUUGUUUUAAAAAAAAAGUAUGAAAUAUGGCUUAAAGGUGACAGAUGCAGUAAUCUGCCUCUUGAUCACCAUCCUUUUCCCUGAAACCGCCUGUAUUGUCUCUUCCCCCCCGACUGUGUUUGGACCAAACUGCAUGGUCUGAGCUUAACAAUCUUCUAUCCACCCAUCUGUCAUCAUCCCUCUCCAGUUUGGAAAUAAAGCUACUUGAAAAAGCAUGA